AUGAGCAAGGAAGGACUGAAAUUCGACGACACCAUCUUUUACAUCAGACUCCUCUACAGCACCAUUGGACUCACUCUCUCCUCAGGCUUCCCACUGAGCCAUGAUGUCAGCGAGACUCUCUUGAAGAGGCUCUUGAAGAAACUGUAUUUGUGCUUCGCCAUUGUUAAUGGUCUUGUCCUCACUGUUGAUCUCUUUUUCUACAUCGUCCUGAAGAACAGGCACUCCAUCAACGUCUAUGAGAUUCUGACCCAGAUAUUCAUCGGGAUGUACUUCAUCUCUGCUGUGUUUAAGACCCUCAUGAUGGUGCAUCUAGAGUAUUAUUUACUACCACUUGAAGUUAACAAGACAGUCACAAAGUCACCAAGUGUGACCAGGCGCGUUUUUCCAGGAUAUCCAGCUUGCAAUGAGUUCAGCAAGGAGACGUUCUUAGCCAAAAUCCGCCGCAAUGCGAUCUUCAUUUGUCUGUAUACAUGGGGAUCACUCAUGACACUUGGAGUUGUCUUGAGGGUCUUCCUUACCACGACAGGCGGCUUCAAUGUCUGGGAAUUGCUAUCCCAAAUCGUGGUGUCAUCAUACUUUGCCGUAGCGUGGGUGAAGAUGCUGGACAUAAUAAUGAAUCGCAACAACUUGGCGGCUAUUCUGCAGGAUCUCGCCAAUCUCUGGCCUCAGAGAGUGAAUUCAGAACAGGAGAAGAUCAUCGUGGAGUCGUAUAUGAUGAAAAAUACCGUCUGGAUGACGAGAUAUGCUUAUCUCUCCGUCAGUUGCUUUCUCACCGUCAACUCAACGCCACUCUUUAUAAUGCUGAUCAGCUAUUUGUCCGGCGGAGAUGCUAAAACGCUGUUACCCUUCAGCGGUUGGUUUCCCUUCGAUGAAUUCUCCCCCAGUAUUUAUCCCUUCACAUACAUCUACCUCUUCUACGGAUCUCACGUCGGCAGUGUGUCAUCAAUGUGCUUCGAUGUCCUAUUCUGCAUGCUUCUCUCCCACCUCAGUAUGCACUAUAAACUCCUACGAUAUGACAUCAUAUCAUCUGUCAAGGAUAACGAAGAUGAAGUCAAUCUGCAGAAGUGCAUCAAGAAGCAUCAGAGCCUGAUUGAUCUUCGCUCGAAGAUCGACCACAUCUUCACCAACACGAUUUUCUUCAAUUUCUGCUUCAGCACCUUCAACAUGUGCAUCGUGGGUUUCUUCUUCAUGAUCCAGGAUGGCUUUGGCAAGACCAAAUUCGUCCUCAUGUUUGCCACUCUCAUGUCACAAGUAUUCCUCCUCUGUUGGUAUGGUCAGGAACUUGUGGACAACAGCUCCAAGAUCAGCGAUGCCGCCUACAAUUGCUCCUGGUACGCUUCCACCCACAGAUUCAGAAAAAUGAUCCUCUACAUCAUGCAACACAGUCAGAGACCUCAAAUACUGGUGGCAAUGAAAUUCUGGGAGAUUUCCCUCUCCAGCUUCUCGAUGCUCUUGCGCGCUUCAUGGUCAUAUUUCGCCCUCCUCAACACCAUCUUAGAUGAAAUAAUGCGCAAUGUGAAGCCAGAAGGAGGCCUUCUAACAAAUUGAAUCCCAGAAAUAUCUUCUAUUCUACACUGUUAUCAGCAUAUUCACUAAUUAUUGCAAUAAAUAUCACACCAUA